AUAGGCAGAAUGACCGUAAACAAGAAAGCGGAAACAAAAGGGUUUUUUUUCUAUAAAAACACAAACACAUCCCCGGCUGUCGAUCUCAGGGAAAAAACAACAGUCACUGACUUGGCCUGCAAUAACAUUAAAACUUACGUUAAGGAAGAGUUGAGUCAUCUGCGGAUCAAACUGCACCGGUGAAAAUGGCACUGAAGAGAAUAAACAAGGUAAGUUUCACCGGCUAGCUUACAGCUAAUCUGAGCUAACUGGCCCAACAGAGGCUAACGGAAGAACUCCGUCUACUUACACACACUAAAACCCCACAUUACCACAUAUUUCAGCAACAUUCGCGCUGUGGCACAACGAAAGAAGAACUUGUGUACAUUUUUGGAAACAUGGUGUUUGUUGACACACUCCAGAAUAGAUAAAAUAGCGAAUAACAACUUCAAAGUUUGGAGCUAACCUGCUAACAAAUGCCUAAGUUAGCAUUGUAACUCCUCUUGUCUCUGUGACACCUGCACACCCUGAGUUUGAUAUGUCUCUAUACUACCAGACAGAACUGUGAAAGUAGCUGAUAUAUUGUCCUAUUCUCAUGAGACAACAAUUGAUAGCACUUGGACAAGUACAUCUCCACACACUUCCCUUUUAUUUCUUAUGUUUCUACGGCUUUGUAGUCGGUCAGUGUCGUCUGUUUCUCCAGAACUACACUUCUUAGUGAAGGUCAGGUUUUUACAGGAGGUAGUAAAUGACAUAAUGAGUGAUUAAGCUUCCUCGUUUAUACUCUAAAUGCUUUAUAAUGGGUGUAGCUCUUAGCGAAGAUCUAAAGAGCUCCUCUCAUUUACGCCACUCCUCACUAACCAGGAAGUAAGUGAGGAAGGGGGGAGGACAGGAGUGGAGGGGAGAGGGAGAGAGUGCAGACUGCAUUAGACGAGUUACUUACAAUCAAUACAUCAUAUAGGAAGAUCCACUGAUUGGCAGAAAGGGAAGGUAGCAAACUUCAUGUUCACAUUAGACUGUUAUUGAACAGGAUUCUAUGUACUCAACAUUUCUGAGUAUGUUGCAGAAUCAGAACUUAGGGGAGAGUGGGGUAAGUUGAGCCACCCCCUGUUGCUUGGAAAUGGUCAAAGAAAUUGAUCAUGUGACCAAAUAUUUAGGAGAUGGGCAUAAAUUCAUGGAGUCUGUGAAGGUUAAAAGCACAUGGGUGAAGGGGUUAGAUAAAAAAAAAAAAUAAUUCACUCUUGAAAGUGAAUUUAGUCUGUCACAAGUUUUAUUAGAAUUGUGUUCAGACCAAAGAAGAUCAUUUUAAAUUUGUUUUAUACAUCAAUUGUGGUAUCUAUGAGCUACAACAAGAGGUCAAAACCUAACAUAAAAGUCCGCCAUUUUAGAUUAGAGGACUAAUAAAGUCAUAAUAGUAGUUCAGGGGUGAGUUGAGUCAUUGGUUCAACUGAGAAAGUAAAUAAGUCUGAUGAGAGGAUCAGAGUUUCAGUUCAGAUUGUUGAAAUGUUUGACUUUUUCUUAUCAAAAAUACAGCUGUGAAUGUGCUGAAUCACUUAAAGACAUUCUCAUGUUAAAAUGGCUUUUUAUAAAACAGCUUUUUAGCAGUUAUAUGCAAUCAUAAUAAAAAGAAAGAACCAGUUGAAUAGUGUACAAUAGAUAAAAAUACACAUGAAUAUGAAGAAGUGACUGUUAUUUAGGGAGAGAGAAGGUGAGGGAGGGCUGGGGUGGAGAGUGGGGGUGGGGGGGUGGGGGGGGGGGGGGGGUAGUAGGGAUGCAGCUCAACUUACCCCGCUCCUAUGGUCAACUUACCCCAUACACAGGGUAAGUUGACCAUAGGGGCAGAUACACUAGUUAGAGACAAAACUAUGAUUGCCUUGAUGUAGUGAUCCGAAAUAUGAAAAGUGGCUCAUCUUACCCCACUCUCCCCUAUACUUUGAGUAUCGUCUACAGAAAAUGUUGUACUUCACCACAUUUUACACGGUAUUAUUUGACAACAUACAAACUGUCCAUCCUGCAUGACAGCUGGGUGAUCCAGUGUGAUCUAUGCUGCAAAAACCCCACAAAUCCUAACAAACAUCCAUCCUUUAUUUACCAUAAGACUCAAUAAUGAGUGUUUUAUUGAAGGAGACUGAAAAGUCUUGACCUAGCAGUAUGCCAAUUCAGCACCUAGGUACCAACAUACCAUACUCUUUUUACCCCAAUGUUUGCCAAUAAAAGAUAAAAAAAAAUACACAAUAGUUUCAUCUUCAUUCUUGUGAAGGCCUGCUGUGUUUUUCAUGCUUUGGAAAUAGUGUUAUGAUCUCAAAGUCAAUUACUUCAUCUUAAAAAAAUAGAGAUUUCCACUUUAAAACUCUUUGACACCAGCAGUACCAGUAGACCUACAGUGUUCUUAAUGGAAUCCCUUUUUUUUAAUAUGGUAGGUAAUUCUCUCAAAUGCACUACACAUAAUGAGAUCCUAACAAAUUAAAUUGUCAUACACAUGAAGAUUAGUUCUCAUACAUGUGUGGCUGUUUGUAUGGAGAGGCAUUCUAUAGUUUACUAUAAUAACUCUUUAAUGAAAGUGUACAGUCUUAACAGACGUUAACCUAAAGCAGAACCCCCUUUUUUUACUUGCACCAUGGAAUACGUUGAAAUUUGCCUACAGCAUUUGUCAUGGUAUCUUGGCAAACUCAAGAGAGGCUUAUCUAACUCAGUUUGUUGCCUCAGCCAAAAAGCUGUUUUACUUGUACCUGCUGUGACAGUUUUUCCGUUGUGUCAAACAGGAACUUCAGGACUUGCAGAAAGACCCUCCAGCUCAGUGCUCUGCUGGACCAGUGGGCGAUGACAGUGAGUACACACACCCAAAAAUGCAUAUCAUGUCACAAAUUCCCACUAUAAUGUUUUUGAAUGUCGACCGUACUGCCUGUGGAUCAUUUUACGGUGAUAAACUUGACAAAACUAAUUCGUCUCAUAGCAAACUGCUUCAGUUUCACACUUGUACUACCUCACUUCGUUUUUGAAGCAGGGCUCUUACUUUUUCUUUAGUGUCUUCUCUAGGAACUACUUUUUGGAAACUAUUGUACACUGCUACAUCUAACAAAGCACCAGUGACCAAAGUUAAAAGAUCACUAAAAUAAUCAGAUGUAUCCAUUAUCUGCUACAAACAUCAGAAUGGAUGAUAUCUAGGGUCUAAAUAUUCCUCAAUUCUGCUCAGAUUAUUUUAUUACUCUUAGCUUAAGCUACAUUGACGUGACAGGUCCAAAUACAAACUCUAUGUCAAGAUGUUUCAAGCAAAGUCAAGCCCCAACUCCUUCUGGCUCCAUGCAUAGCCAACUGAUGAAUUGUGUGCACCUGGAUAGAUGCAGAAUCAAGAUUUGUUUGAGCGUUCAUGUGGAAACCGUAAAAACAGGGCUGUUCCUUAAGCUGCACAAAACUAAAACCAUCAAUCUUAUCGCAAAUGUUUUUGUUUUUUUUUGUAUGUCAUGUAAAAGUCUCGGUUUGGACUUCAGUCUGUAUCAUAAUUGUCAAAUAAUCCCUCAGAGGAGCUUUAUUUCAAUUCUACUUCAAUUGAUUCAGUUAAUAUUUCAGACUUCAGGAGGCAGGUAAAAGAUAGAAGAGGCAUGGAUUAAAUAAUAGACAGAAGCACCAGGAGAGCUUGUGUUUUAAAUUCAAAGUAUGAAUAAAAACAAAGUAGUCAGAGUCUGCCGGUGAGUUGUAAUUGACUGCUGAUGAGCAGUGUAUCUGUGAUGUGUAGAGCUUACACUCUCUUGUGUCUCUCUUUCUAGUGUUUCAUUGGCAAGCGACCAUAAUGGGUCCGGUGAGUAUUACAAUAUCACUUCAAACUUUCAGUCCUCUCAUAUUGACUGGUGUGCCUGUGCUGCAUCAGAGAGGGUUUCCUAGCUGUUUCUUCUACUUGGAGCAUUUACCUUGUAUUUGCAUAAGCCUUCAGUUCGCAGCUGGGAUACGUUUAGUCAACUUUGCAUUGCUUUUCAAUUGUUUUGCAUCCUCUUGAAGUACUGAAGCUCAGUGUAAUGUGUAACACAGAGGCUGACAUGUUACUUGGUUUUAAUUGACUGAAAAAGGUGUGUUAUUGUCAUGUUUUUACACUUGAUAUUUAACCUCUAUAUCUGUUAUACUCUCUAAAAUAAUGUCAAUGUUCGUGGUGUCUCUCCAUCAGGGUGACAGUCCUUACCAAGGAGGAGUUUUCUUUCUCACAAUCCACUUCCCCACCGACUACCCAUUUAAGCCACCAAAGGUAAGAGCUUCUGUAGUUUCUCAAAGAUUUGUCCUAUCAUCAGGGCAAUUUAUCAAGCAUAUACAAAAUAAUUAUUUCUCCAUAACUUGUCUGAAAGAAAAAAGUAACACAGACCCAAGAGAAGUAGAAAAGCACAUUAAAUGGUAAACCAACGAACCCUAAGCAAAACAAGAAUCGAGUAGUUCACUAGAAUUUAAGGAGCUAGGGUCUAGCAAGAAAGUUGGACCAAGUUUAACCUCUUCAGGUGUACCACAAAAAAUGACCAUGGAAACACACUGUACUUUGUCAUUUGAAGGUGACUUGGCUGAACUUAAGUUGACUGUUGUUUAACUCUUAUUACAGGUAGCGUUCACAACAAAGAUUUAUCACCCAAACAUAAACAGCAAUGGGAGCAUCUGUUUGGAUAUCCUCCGGUCACAGUGGUCUCCAGCACUAACGGUGUCUAAAGGUAAAUAUCAUGUCCUCUUGUUUUCACUAUGACAAAAAAAAAAAACAAAAAAAAACAGCAGCUCUGAUGUCCUUCAUUAAGUCUUCGUUCAGUUCUGGGUGUUUUCAGUAUUAUAAGAGGCAUGCAAGGGAUGCCAGCCACAGAAAUGCAAACCAAACAACGCAAACUGAAAGUUCUUCACAGGAGCUAAAUAAGAGUAAAUGAAAAUGAAGGAACAACAGUGACAAAACGAGGUCUUUAGAGCUAGUUUGGUAAUCAAUCUACCAGUCUUUAUUUGUAUAUCACUCUUCAUACAACACAAUGUAGCACAAAUACUUUACCUACAAAAAGAAAACAAAUAUAAUUUAAGAAUGAAAGAAUACCGGACUCUACCCCACCUCCUCCCUGUCCCCUCAUCCCCACCCAGCAAUUUAAACACAGUAGUGGUAAGUUAUAAAGUACAUUGACUAGAAAAGAGCUAAACAAGCUCAAAUCCAUUCACAAGGUCUAUUCAGUAAAAGCAGCAAUAUUCGCACUGAGGAAACGCCAUCUUAAAAUUCAAAAUGAGGAAACACUAGAGGUUAGUUUAAAAUGUAAAAACAAAGAAACAUAAAAUGAAUUUUAAGAAAUAAUAAAUUGAAAUGAGAUGAAAACAGAAAAAAAAAACAAUACUAAAAUCAGAGCAAUUUUGACCUUAAACAACAGCUAAAACACUCAAACAAAUUAAGUUAUUGAUAUAAAAUUUAGUUAAAGGUAAGACUUAAAAGGAAGGUCUUGAGUUUGCUUUUAAAAUCAUAAAGAUUAGGUGCAGGUCUCAGGACUUCAGGUAAGCUGUUGCAUAGAUGGGGAUGGUAGUAAUAUAAAGAGACAUCACCGUAUGUUUCAGUUUUAUCUUUAGGUACUGUUAACGGAAAACUUCCUCAAGACCUGAGGGCUCUACUGGGCUCAUACAAUAAAAGCAGAUCAGAUAAAUAAGAUGGGCCAAGGCCAUUAAGAGCUUUAAAAAACAGUAAAACUACCUUAAAAUCUAUUCUAAAAGAGACAGGUGGCCAAUGCAGAGAUCUUAAAAUUGGUGCAAAGUGAUCUCUCUUUCUGGUCUUUGUUAGCAUCUGUGCAGCUUUAUACAGUAAUAAAGCCUCAUAAUCAAAGAGAUGAAUAAAAGAUAAUAAAAAGAUAAUCAAACCCUCUAGUUCUAUGUAUGAACACUGCAGACUCCUGAUGUUCCCUCAAACAGAGAUCAUCUAUUGUGAUGAAGUCCAGACAGUUUUAAACAUGUUUUAUCAACACAGUAGCUGAUGUGAUCUUUUUUUAUCUUCUUUUUUUUAUUGCAGUUCUUUUGUCUAUAUGUUCACUGCUUUGUGAUCCCAACCCAGACGACCCCUUAGUCCCAGACAUAGCACAAAUCUACAAGAACGACAAACUCAGGUCAGAAUACACACAUACUCACUUUGUACUUUACUGACCACCGUUAUCGAUGUAAAUGCCAACAUAGGAGUUUUGAAUGUUGAUCUCAGUGUGUGGUUGUCAGAGUCCAUCAUCUGCUAACUAACUCCUUUGUUUUCUGUCCUCAGAUACAACAGAAUAGCAAAAGAAUGGACCAACAAGUACGCCAUGUAAAGAAAAGAAAUAAUCAAAGAGAAAAAAACAAAAAUAUGCUGAGAUUUUUUUCUUUGUCCUUCAUUUUUUAAAGUCACAACACACUGUAAAUUAAAGUAUGAAAUCAUCAAGUAAUCUUAGGUAACUUCCAUCAAACUUAACCCUCAUCAACAUUAUUGUAAGUCUGACUUCAUGACAUACAUGUUACUUGUUUUUAAAAGUAAGCAAAGGUUUUCCAGAGAUAGUCAUUGAAUUGGUAUGUUGGCAUUUUAAAUUUUGGCAUGUUGUUUUUUGCAUCGAGGAUAUUUUAUUUAAAACGUACACAUUCCUUACAAAUGGCUUAUUAGAAUUUUACUUUUUUAAAGUUGAACUAGUGUAAUAUAGACUGUGCAACCAUCAUCUGUUUGUCAGCAAUGAGUCCUUUCUCUUAUAAAUGACCUGAGUAAUAGUGCAGCAUGAUAGCAUUCAUGUAAAACAAGCUGCUUCAUGCCUGAAAAAAUCUAGUCCAGGAAAACACACAUGGAGCCCCGCAGUGUCAGUUGAAAUCUGUACUCUUAGUAUACAAAUCUGUGUACACAGUUUCCGUACCCACUAAUUUGCAAUCUGUGGGUAUGUCAAAAGACAACAAAAGGUCAAUCGCUUCCAUGCGACCACAUUUACCAAUUUACUCCAGUUUAUCUGGAUAAAAAUGCAGACUUAACUGUGAAAGCUGGGAGAAGUUGAACACAAAACACAAUAUGACAUUAAAGGGGCAGUCAGUGAUAGUUAGGUGCAUGUAGCAGAUGUUUUUAAACUAGUGAAGUAGUAGUAAAACUUUGACAAGUGGUGGAUCACAUGAAUUGUGCAUCACAGGAGCUUCUCGUCCACCGUCGCCUCACCGAUUGGAGGGGUGAGCAAGGGGCAUUUGAUUGCUCCCAUUUCUACACACUGUACCUUUAAAUCUUAUUGAAGAUAAAUUGAUGCAUUCUCUUUGAAGAUAGUUUAUUCAUUGAAACUAUAUUCACGAAUUUACGGACAGAUAUGAGCUGUGUACACAGAUGAAUAAAUCCAGAGAACAGAUUCACAUACGUCCUUUCCGUUCCUACACACCGAAUCGCUGAAAUGGGGCCAGACGUGAGUUUGUCACUCUGACACCUGUUAUAGUAAAAGGUAUCAUCUCAUGACCCUCUUAAAAAAAAACUACUCCUGACAUGUGAUGGAUGUUGGCAAUCUUGUUUCUUUUGCAUUUUGUAGCAAGUUGAAUAAAAUGAUGUACUGUUGCAGUUAAAAUGAGGAAAUGGGAGCAAUUACAAGUCAUGUAUUACUGUGUUCUUCAUCUCUUAUUGUUUUCAUUAUCAUUGUUUUAUUAUUAUCAUUAUUAUUAAUAAUUGUAUAGUAUUAAAAUCUUCUGGAACUCUGUUAUUGUUUCACUUUGUUUCACUGAAAUCAGAGUCAUCUGAUGUCUGUUUUUAUGAUACUGUUCUCUUUCCCUCUGAGGAUACUUCAUAUGUUGGCUUUUUGGUUGGUUUUGGCACAGGCACAAUGUUAAAUGCCGUUUACGUCAUCAUGGCUGGAUUAAUGUUACAGUUUUUUACUUGUCUUAAUCAAACCUCCUGUUAUGUGGCCGGUGUUGUUAGGUGAAGCACAUUAGCAACAAUCCUGGGACAGGGAGUUUACAGAUGACAGACAGUUUGACAGUUUUAUUCUCUGCCAUAAUGUAAGGUAUUCACUCUUCUAACACGGGCAAGAGAGUCGUCCUUGCCUACAGAAAGUCAGUACCAUCGUGUGGCGAUAUGUGGUACUGCAGGAGCAUUACAUAAACAACUGGCUGAACCAAUAGAUUUGAUCACAUUACACCUGUUUUGGCAUCUUGGAUUUUUUUGGAACAUUUUAUUGAUUAAAGCACUCAGUGAUCUUGGUCCUAGUUAUGUCUCCAACCUUUUAAGGCACUCUGCUGAGAACAAAGAGGGGACAGAGCAUUUUUAGUCCUGACCCUGAAGCUCUGCCUGAGGAUAGAAGGUUGGCUGAUUCACUGCUCUCAUUUGGGAUGCUUUUUACAAUUUUUCUAUGGAAGAGUCUUCAGUGAUUUUAUCUCAUCUGAAAUGUCUCUCACAGUGACCUGAUUUUGUGUAGUAUUGGUUAUAUAAUCCAAGAGGGUUGACUUGGGUUUGCUGACUUGUGACGUGCUUUGUUGUGUAUUUUUUAAAGGUGCUCUGUAAAUAAAGAUAAAACUGUCAUUGAUUUAUUCAUGAUCAAGAGAAAAUGUUUUUAAAUAAGGGUUGAUUUGCUGUCUGAUUAAAACAGCUUGUAAUGGUUAAUCAUACAUAAAGAAAUAGUAAUUCAAACCAUGACGGGAUGGAUACCACACACUUAGAAAGGGAGAUAAUAUCAGAUUUAGUCAUGGCUAUCUGAAUGUACAAGGUGGAGCUGCUGUGCAUGCUGAUCUGUAUGGUCUGGUUGUAUCUGCUGUUUUGUUUUAAUGUGAUUCUUUAAAUCAGCUGGACUGAAGUCUGUUUAUUCAACUACCUUCAUUUGUUUCAGCAUGUACUUUUCUUGCAUUCUGGCCCUGACAGUGGUCAGAAAUUUUGAAGCUACUUUUGACUAUUUAAGUGAUAGUACCAUGUCUCUCCACAGGGUGGUACUAAACUUAAAAAAAAAAAAUUCUGGACCUAUUUUGAAACUUGUUUACUGAACUUUAAAUGCUUAAGGGAGACAUGCUCCCUAAAUCAGCUUAUGUGGAAUCCACUUAACUCAAAUCACACAAAAGAGACCCCAGCUUACUAGGGAUCAGUUAAUUGUUUAAUCUGUCAUUGUUUCCAUCGCAGUUUAGAAAGAAUGCGGCUUCACACACAUUUAUUCAACUCAUUUCAAAAAGAGAGAGAGAGAGAAUGAUGUUCACGCAUUUGCUUCAACCUAAAGAGGCAAAAGAAGUGUGUUUCAGAUUUUUAACAAUGUCUAUGUUUCUGGUGAACUCCUGAGACAAACUUUCAAAAUAAUAACUGUAUAAUUUGGGAGGUAAAAAUGGAAAUCUUUCUUAAUAUUAUUAAAAUUUGGUCUGAUGUA